AUGACCCUUCCAUCAAAGUUUUUCGUCCCUCGUCAAAGUUGUAGUCCAGAUUUCCGAGUUAGCUUAAAUUUCCGAAAAAUGAGUGGAAAAGAAAUGGAGACUAUGCUUUUAGAAAAUUUUAAAUCCAGUCAUUCUACUCGACACAUGCCAAAAUUAAAAAUCAAGUCCUUGAGAAAUGCAGCACUUAAUGUAAUAAUGUUGACUAGAGAUGAAAUGAUGAGAUUGAAUGCAAGUGACGGGGAUGCUGAAUGCAGAAAAGUGAAAAGUAAAAAAUUAUCCUCCCUCUCUGUCAAGUGGUUCAGAAUGUGCAAAAUAAUGCUGGAGCUGAACCUAUCUGUGUUGCAGUUGAAAGUGGAUGAAAGUGUUGAUGACCUGAAUGGCGACCAGGGUGCCAUGAAGCAGCAUGUUGACAUGAUAAUAGCCCAUAUCUUGUCAUUUCGAUCCGCCAUCCUGUCAUACGAAAGUGUCACACAACUUGGCACCGAAUGUAUGAAGACUGGCAAGAUGUUCUACAUGCAAGAUGACCACAUCAACGCUCUCUUCUGGUUUCAGGCGGCUGUAAAAUUUCACAAAAUUGUUUUGAGGAACAAACUAGAUGUGGGGGUUGCUAAAAAUGAUUCUCAGUUUUGGACCUGCUAUGAUUACUUGGCAGACAGCCAGCGACAACUUGAUUUGAAAUCAGACGCAUACAACACAGUUGCUGAAGGGCUCCUCUUGAAUGCCUCUUCUGUGAAGCAAGCCAGUUGGAGGUGGCUCAAAAUUACUUUGGAUGUUAUCGACGCUGGCAAACAACCGAAAUAUUUCACAUUAGCUUCCAAGUUG